AUGAUAUGUUAUUUUCUGUCACUUUUUUUUUUAAAUGGGGAAGUGGCUGAGGUAUGCUUUUGUACGUACGUUUCUUUUCUUUUUUUUUUUUUUUUCACUUCGGCUUUAUUUUUCAGCAACAAUAGAAAAGUUGAGCGAAAACUGCGUGGAGGGAAAUUGCUUCCCGGUGGGUGGCACACUUUGGAACCGGUGCCUGCGAAGAAGGAUCCCAUGAACGCCAACGAUGUUCUUACCGUCAUUAGCCCAGACGAUGGGAAACGAUUUCGUAUCAACAUUAAAGGGGACAUUGGACGGCUGACGAUUGGACGACUGAAGCAGUGCCUUGCCACGGCCUCCUCGUAUUCGGUUCCCGUUGCCGACCAAGUCAUCAAGUUUAACGGCACCCCGCUCACCCGGGACGAUGAAGUGUGCGCCGCCUACGGUAUUAUGAAUGGUUCCACGCUUACUGUGGAGCAUCGUGCCAAUGUUGACCCGACGACAGACCACACGGCAUCCUUUGUCUCGCCCCACCGGCAAGCACUGGAGUACCAAACGAUCCGGCAGCAGGAGGAAAUUCUUGGCGACGAGGUUCUGGGACACGACAACACACUUCAGGUAAAAAUUGACCAACUGCAGGAUCAAGUUGAGGCAGCAGAGAAGAAGAAAAUGAAGAUUGCGCGGGAAAAAGAAAAGGCAGAGCGGGAGCUGGCAAGGCUCCGUCUGCAGGAGGAAGUUGCCGAGAAGCAAAAACGGCGUUUGACUCAGUUGCGAGAGAGGGAAGCACAGCGUGCGGCUCGGCGUGCGGCGGACUUAGCGGCACGACGCGAACAACUCAAGGCGGAAGAGGAAGCCACCCGGGCGGUCGCUCUGCAAAAACUUGACAACGAGCGACUCAGGGCGUCGUUAGAACAAGAACGGGCAGAGUACGAGGCAGAGAAGGAGCGUCUGGCGAAGGAACGGGAGGAGUACGAGCGGCGCGCGAAGGAGCGUGAGGUAAAUAUUCGCAAGAAGGAGAUUGAAAUAGAGCAACAGAUACUUGCCGCGGAGCGCGAUAGGAGGGAGCUGGAGUUAAGCCGGCUUGUGUCACACCAAAACCGACUGUUGUACCAUGAACGUGUGGGUAAACCGCCACCACCCGAGUUGACGCACGAGGGAAUGAGAAGAGGUGAGUGGUCUGGUAAUGAUCCAUUUUCUUUGCCUGUUGCGACGCCGGAGGAUAAGAAUGUUGCAUGGGGGAAACCCCAGGAAAUAAACAACAACAACCCCCCAAACCAGCAAUGGCAACUGAAUCAGAAGCAAUCAUAUAGGCAGAGUGAUGCCCGGCAUCCGUCUGGCCCAAUAAAAAGUGAAGAAAAUGCCACUGCAAACGCCCAGUUUGAAGACACAUACCAGAACAGGCCACGGCCGCCAAGGGCUGCCGAAAAUGUGGUGAAAAUGAUGUUGCCGGGCAGGGAUAAUUUUGCGUUGGCUCAUGACGGUAAUAACGUGUAUAAUGCGCGAGAAAAUGCCAUUGACAACCUGGUUUGCAUGGGGAGGGACCUUGGCCUGGAGAACACGCUAGAGUUUGAUAAUAACAAUACUUGUGUCAUAAGUGUUGACGGGCAGUACAAUUUAAUAGUAACCUUUGAUGCAACAACAGAGCGGCUCUAUAUUUAUUCUACUCUCAUGACAAACAUUCCACAUGACCCGGUCUUACGACUGCGUGUCUACGAGUUUUUGAUGGAGGGAGCAUUACUGGGGCGUGAAAUGUGUGGCGGUGGCGUUGGGGCAUCCAUUAAGAAUGAUUUUAUUCUUCUUUCUUCCAGCAUAUACUUGCCAACGAGUCUCCCCACAACCUUGAGCACUCUCGCACCCCAGUUUCUGUUUUCCCUCAAUAAAUGGCGAGAAAAACUGGGAGAGUUACUGAGCACUGUAGAUACGCAAAAAAUGACGAGUCCGAGUAAAAAUGGACACAGUACUAUAGAGGACACAAACGAAUUGGACUCGAGGCACACGCCAGAGGAAAAAGCACCCCGCCGCAUCCCUUCAUCGACACGCAGCAGUAGAACCCAGAGUGCAGAGAGUGGGGCUGGUCGGCCAGUGAUUGGCAUAGAAGCUACGGAUAGUGUCAUGAUUAAUGGUGUUCCCUCCCGACAUAACGGUGGUGUGUUGGUUGUGAAUGUAGGAGGGCCUGCCGCGCUGGCUGGAAUAAAACCACAUGACAUUAUUAAAAAAAUAGAUUACAAGCGUGUGACAAGUCUUCGGCAGUUCCAGCGCGAGGUGUCUCGUUUAAUUGUGGGCAAAAUGGUGCCCGUUGUUGUGGAGCGGAGCGAUGUGUUGCACACCAUCUUUAUCAGAGUGGGCUCAGCCUAA